CUUCUUUAAUUUGUUCUUCAUUCACAAAAGGAUCAGAAAGCUCGUGAGUUUCUAUUUGAUAUAGUACUCUGCCAAUUAAACUUCCUUUUCCUAUUUCUUCAUUCUUCUUUUCAAAAGGUAUUAUUUUUAUGUACUCAACAUGGAUACGUGCAUGCAGGAAUUAAUUGCUGGUGAUCAGAAUAUGGCUGAUCAAGACUUUCCCUCCGUUAUAAACAUAGUUCUUCUAGUCAAGCUUCUGGACCAUGUUGCAGCUACUCAAAACCAAAAUAGUGGGCAUCCGUAUACUCACCAGGAAGGAAAUAAUAUGCCGGGAGAAAAAGAAAAGAAGAUCGAACCUAAGAACCUUACAGAAGCAGAGUUAAUAACGAUGGAAGAAAAGUCCCGGAUGGAGCAUGAGCAUACCAUGAAUAUAAUGGAACACAAAGUGGAGCAUGCGCUAAAACAAAAUGAGGAAACAUAUGACAAAGAGAUGCAGCAUUGUGUGAUUGAUGUAUCCAACUCUACUGAUAAAGUACUAAUAAAAGAUCGACCACAUAAAUUCGGUGUGAUACUUGCACAACUUUCAAAUUAUCAUCUACUUUUAUUCUGCAUGUUUUAUUGUUUUUGUUUCUUCUACUUUUGCAUUUUUCCAACUCUAUUGUAAUGUUCGUGCGUCAAUGAUGCCUCCAUACAUGCAUGUUAAACCUUGUUUGUUAAUAAAAUGUGUUUACUAAAACAUACAAUA